UCAGCCACAAUGCGAUACGCCGUCUUUGUGACUGGACCAGCUGGAGCUGGCAAGUCUACAUUCUGCGCAAAUGCAGUUACACAUCUCCAAACUCUGAAAAGAACCGUACAUUGGGUCAAUCUUGAUCCAGCCGCCGAUCCUGAAGGCUAUGAAUUUGCGCCUACUAUUGAUAUCCGAGACCUCAUCAGUUUGGAGGAUGUAAUGAGUGAAUUAGGAUUUGGUCCUAAUGGUGGACUAGUGUAUUGCUUUGAGUGA